UAAGGACGAUUGGGAGCGAAACCACUUGGGACGAAAAGGUCAUGGAGCGGAACGACUGUUUGCCCUUGAAAUGCCCGACACAUGUAUCCGUUUUCAUCACAACAAACACAUUUUUGUCGAUUUCUCUUCAAGAAACACAAUAAAUAUCAACAUUGGAAUAAUCUACCUGUUUACCAAAUAAAAUGGACAAACUUUCGAGAUAUUUAUGACGACAUUACAAGCGAAAAAAGUCAAAUGCCAAGCGCAGAAAAGAUUCCGCGGUUCAGAUUUGGGCAACGUCAGGCCGAAGCCUCUUUCACUAAAAGAAAUAAAGAUGAAGACUUCAAUCAUACCCAGCGUGCUCCACCAAGUUGCUACUUGAAAUAUCUGUGUCCGUACCUCCUGUUAUUGUUGAUGAUGAGCCAGGUCCAGUGCACACUGGGCGCGGGAAAUAAACUCCUCGUCUUACUCGUGGAUGGCCUGCGCUGGGAUUAUGUCAAUCAAGCCGAUCUGCCGGGUUUCCAGACGCUGUUUGAGUCGGGUUCUCAUGUACAUCAUAUUGACCCAGAGUUUCCAACACUGUGCUAUCCAAACUAUUACUCCUUUGUGACCGGUCUCUUCCCUGAGAACCAUGGAAUGAUUGGUAACAACAUGUAUGAUUCAAUCAAAAAUGAAUAUUUUUCAAGUUCAAUGAACACUAGCGCUCACUGGUGGGAGGAUGGAGAACCCAUCUGGGUGACUGCGAAAAAACAGGGUAAAAGAAGUUAUCUCUUUCACUGGCCUGGCUGUAAUCGUUCAAUACGAGAUACACGGCCGGAUUAUUGUCGUCCGUACGUCUCGUUCCCAUCAAUGCAAGAAUAUAUGGGGUCCAUGGUCGAGGGACUUAAUGCGUUACAUAAUGACUCGGCAGAUUUUGUAGGUCUUUACAAUGAGCAUCUAGACAUGGUCGGCCAUCGCUACGGACCAAAUUCGAAACAACUCCGCAACAUGCUCAUCGACCUUGAUAAAACAAUCGUCUUCCUUCUUCAAGACUUAACCGAGCGUGGCCUUAGGGACAAGGUCAAUGUCCUACUCCUUUCAGACCACGGUAUGACAGACAUAUCCAUGGAGCGUAUCAUUGACCUCAGGCGCUACAUUUCAAAAAGAGAUUUGGCGCAGACCCUCGAUGGUGGCUCGUACACGAAUAUUUGGCCUCUCCGACAUGUGACAGACAAGGUGUACAAGAAACUGAAGAAUGCUCAUCCAAACAUGACGAUUUAUCAAAAACAUACGCUUCCCGACGUUUGGCAUUAUCAACACAGCCACCGUGUGGCACCACUAACUGCUGUGGCUGAUAACGGAUGGUACAUCUUAACGUACACCAAUGGUUAUGUUGUCUACACGGAGAAGAAGCGACCAGCUUUAGGUUGGCAUGGUUACAGCAGCCAGGAGCCUGACAUGUGGCCAAUGUUUGCAGGAAGUGGUCCAGACAUUGUCCGCAAUCAAACCCUCCCCUCCAUCCGUAUGACAGACAUCUACCAGAUGAUGUGUCACCUCCUUAAAAUUGAACCGGCGCCGCACAAUGGGACAUGGCCACGCGUCGAGCGAAUGAUUGCGACCACAAUGCAAGAUCCUAUUCAUGGCGUCCAUCAAGCUCCUGUUGUGAUAUUGGGGACACACAGUCAAGGCCAACCGUUGACCUUGAACUUUGUGACCUUGACCUUAGGUCUUUUGCUGGCCAUGUUUAUGGUCUCAUGAUAAUAGCAAUUGAUCUAAUUUCGAGAGAAUUAAAAUUUAUAAUAUUUGAUGUGGCCAGUGGUCAAGGUCUGCGUUAAUUUUGUCGAAAACCAACUUUGUCACUGUCACAUUGAAUAUAUUGAUUUAAAAUGUUUUCAGAGGCCAACCUCUGUUGCUUGCUUAUGUGCAUAGAAGCAAAAUAGAGGCAAUUAUCAAAGCUUGUUGACGCAGUGUAGAAAGGGAUAUAAUUUUAGAUUAUUUGAAUGGAAAAUAUUUUGUUGUGGCCAGUGUUCAAAAUCUGCGUUAAUUUUGUCAAAAACCAACUUUGUCUCUGUCGCAAUGAAUAUUUUUGAUUCACAAUCUUUUCAUAUCAAAGCAAAUUCAAAAAAAUUAUUGGCGCUUGUUGGUGCGGUGUAGAUAGUGAUAUCAUUUCAAAUAUUUGAACAGAAAAUAGUUUUGACGCUGCCAGUGUUCAAAGUCUCUGUUGCUUUUGUUGAAAACCAACCUUGUCUCUGCCUUGUGGCAUAUUUUCCGUUCUAAAUAUUUUCACCUAUCCGCCUUGGCCAGUUGCUGAUGUGAAUAACAAUCGGGGAAAUAUUUCGAUGUGGCCAGUGUUCAAAGUCUGCGUUAAUUUUGUCGAAAACCAACUUUGUCACGGUCACAUAGAAUCUUUUCACCUAUCAAUGUUGGUCUGUUGUUGAUGUGUAUCAAAACAGAGAAAAUAUUUUGAUGAGGCCAGUGUUCAAAGUCUGCGUUAAUUUUGUCGAAAACCAACUUUGACUCGGACUCAGUCUAAUAUUUUCCUCUAUGAGAGAAAGUUGUCCAGGAUUGUUUGAAGAACUUUAACACCAAUCCCUGGAUGGCACCACUCCUAAACAUCUGUGAUUCCCUCCAACAAGACACCAGCUGUAUUUUCAAUUCCAAGUGUCUGGAAAUGUCCAGUGACACAAGCAGUGAUUUGAUAUAUCUAGUGGAAUUCUGGUGCAUAUGAGUAUUAUGACAUUGCACUGUGAUCAACACGUGAAGCUGAUAAUGGCGUCACCUUCGGUGCCAAUGCUGCCCGGGAUCUGUAGUUAGGGUACAAGUACCUAGCCAUAACCCUGUCUAGACACACAUCAUCAACUGGGUUGCACUUCAUGUAGCAGACUAAACUAAUGCUAGUCUUUUGACAUGCUGAAAUCAGGUUAUACGUGUAUUUUAUCGGUAUUUUAAACAACUUGUGAUGUAUUGAAAUCAAGAAAAUAUUCUGAUGGGACCAGUGUUCAAAGUCUGUGUUAGUUUUUGUUGAAAACCAACUUUGUCUCUGUCUCAUCGAAUAUUUUCGAGUAAGACAUUUUGAUACAAGAGUACUGGAGAUAGACGUUUGUGAACUUUACAGCAGUAGUCCAUAUUAAUCAAAUGGAUGAUAGAAAUAGGUGUUGUUGUAAGGGAUUUGGAAUGAAGAAUAAUCACACGGAGCCGAUACUUAAAGUCUGCGUUAAUUUUGUUGAAAACCAACUUUUUAUUGUCUCUGGAAGAUUAUUUUCCAUUCCAAAUAUCUUAAACUUAUCAGUAGGUGAUAGUUGUAAGCUAGUAGAAAUGAAAAUCAUUUGUUAACUUUCAAAAGACUGUACUUUUCAUCAUUCCUAGAUGACAAUGCAAGUGGGGGAGUGCUCAUCUUCAUUUUCAUACUUUUGGCUGAGUAUUUUGAGAUUAUGGGCUCCUAUUAUAAGAAAGGUAUAAGCCCAAGUAGUUAAGGAUGAUUAAGAAUGGAGGUUUCUUUAGCUGAAUCUCACUAUACACAGUACAUGUAUAUUCUGAAUAUUUUUGUCGAAUUUAGAGCUUUCCAUAGCAACUCAUAUCAAACUUGUUAUUGCUUGAGCUGAAACGUGUUUUUAUUCCAACUGCCGUACUCACCCAUGUGAGAUGUCAGGUUUUUCUGACUAUAACUACUUCCAAGAGCUCAGACACACCAUUAUUGUGUACUGAUAUACCAUUUGGCUAACAAGCAGUUGCAUUUUGGGGCUUGGGAGUCACAACUUAAAGCGAUACUCAUUUUGGUUCUGACUGACCAAUUUGACAGUCUUCGACGUCACAACGCAAUGUAUGCGAUGAUGCACUCAAAUGCAUUUUAAAAAACGUAGAAAAAGAGAGAAGAGUCAAAGCACAUCUGCUGCAGUCGAGGUAUGACCGUGGACUCAAAUGCAUGUUGUUAUGUCCCCAGAAAUCUGGCCCAUUGUAGUGAAGUGGUUUAAAAAAGGACCAGAAUGUUGUUCAAUGCAAAUGACUUCCAUCUGUAAAAGUUGUGAUUCUCAACCUCGGUAUCAAUAAUAGGGAACUUAAUAUCAAUCAUGACAACAUUACUACACUAGGGGUGGUUCAACUUUUUCACAAGAGUACAAACCAUAUGCAAGGGAGAGUGGUUAAUGACAUUUGUAUGCUUUUUUUGUUCCGUGGAAAUGUUGGUCAAUAUUUUCUAUCAACCUCCUUUUCACCAUCGUCCCAUGACAUUUUACCUCCAAGUCUGAUUUUCUACCUGUCAGUCUCAUUACGUCGCAACCAUAUACCCUCCACAAACAGUUUAUUUGAAAAGUGAAUACUUUUUUCGUUACAUCAGAUAUUUGGCUCUGGUGUUAUUUACUGUGAAAUGGAAAGGGGGCAACAUUCCAUUUUCCUGUCAACACUUAGAGGGGGAGGGGGGCAUGAAACAGAGCAUUCUCUGUACUCAUGUGAAAAUGUUGAAUCACCCGUUACUUUAUGAGCAAUGUCCAGAGUGCUUUCAGCUGACCAAUCAGAUGUAUUGAAAUUACAACGGCCCAUAAUUGGUCAAACAUGUCAACAGUCUGAUGGAGCAGCAAUCAAUUGAUGCUCAAUUUACUUAGCAAGAAUUAUAAAUUGUGACCCAUCACACUGAAUUGGAUGAUACUUGAUAUUACUUAGGCUGUAUGUUGAUUUUAUUUAAUUAUUGUAAGACUGCUAGCAAUGAGCGAAAUACAAUUUGAUAUAAUAAACGUGCUACGACAUGCAUGAACUAGAUAAACUUUAUGAUGUUAUGUUCAAAAAUAUCAAUAGCCGGGAAAGAAUAUGUAAUA